GAAAUAAUGGAACGAGGCAAACAUGGCUGGUGGUGGGAAUUUUAUGCACAGGGUCAUCUCCUACGUGGUAAAUGAAUUGGUGGUCAACAGUCUUGCUAACAGCCCUGCAUUUCAGAGAUUUGCUGUGAGGACGUCAAAGAAAAUCGAGGAUGUUGCAAGUAAAGGAACUCAAAUGAAGGAGGGUGUAGCUGAGCUGUUCAAGGACGUCUCUAAAGAUAUGGAGGGUACUGCCAGUCGUUUAAGAAGCAGUAGGUGGUGAAGAUGGAACGACAACUUCCUUAACCUCUGCCUCGGAUUGUGCUGGUGGAGACAGACAAGCCUUCCUCGCCAUCUCUAUUUUUUUUUUUUUUCCCUUUUAAUUUAAGUUUGGGUUGCUUAUUUCUUGUGAUCCUCCAACUCACCAGGAAGUAGUUCAUGCUGCCUUGUUUUGUCAUCUGAGAAAGAAGUUUCAUGGGUAUAUUAGAAGUUCGGAAGAAGGAUAUGCCUGAGUGAUUCCUUUAUGUAUCUGAAGUUCCGUUGUGUAUCUUGUUCCAGUUCCAAUUAUCAAAGAAGAGGUUAGAAACUCGAAUCUAAAUAAAUGCGAAUCUCAGCUCAGUCACAUUUGAGGUCUGAA